UAGCUGACGUGGCAAAGGAAGCCUGUGAUAGCGACUGUGCUAACGAGUCAAUACAGCAGCCGAGCUUGCUGCUAAUAUGGGAUGCAGAAGCAUCUGCAAGCGUUUUGGUUUAGUGGUAGGCCUUAGUCAGUGCCAUGUGAAAUCAUCAAGCAUUUUGGCUUGGAAACAAAGGAUUUGUUCUCAGCGCCCCAUAGUGUGUCCUCUGUCUCUGAUGUAAUCAGCUGGGGCUGAGAGAGUGAGCCAAGGACCUCCUGGAUUCCAUCUCUCUUCCCCCAUUGACUCCAUGCAGGAAACUGAAGAAAUUUAGUUACUGAAAAAAAUCUAAAUAGAAACAGUUCUGACAAAGAACCCCAAAUGGACUCAUGGAUGCCACCACGACAGGCCCAGGGGCAAGGGAAGCAUGCGGCCUGGUUUGAAGGAUAUAGAAGGGGCCCAUGGAGGGAAGUUUACCAUGGCCCUCCACCUCCCCAUUUUAGGCACACUGACUACCAUCCUGAAUUCCAAGUAGGACCUCAGCCUUGGCUAGAUAUUCAGACAGAACAUCACCAUCCCAUCCAUCAUUCAAGGUUCCAGAACUCUGUGAGACCAAACUCCAGGGCAGAGUAUUACAAAAGCAGCUAUCCUGACUGGUCUUACACAAGGCAGGGAUACGAAGAGGUGCACCGUGGGUUUGUGGAGGACCAUGGAGCAUACCAAAGAUUCGCCCAAACGCAUCCGAGCGAAAGAGAUCCAAGAUGGAGAGAUAACUGGAGUGAAAGUGCAAAUUCCUGGAACCAGAAUUACCACAGAGAUUAUCAGCCUAAGGGCGGCACAGACUCUUUGGGAUAUUAUGAUGCUGUACUAACUCAAUCUAAGAAGCAGGAUUCCUAUGAAGAAAGCUAUGCUUCAAAGAAAGACACUUCCUAUGAUAUCAGCUACCGUUCUCCUUUGCUGCUAGGACAAACUUGGGAUGAAUUCCAAGAGAACAUUUUGGAGAAUGCCACUGUUCCAGCCCAUGAGCUUUCAUUGCCUGAGGGGCCAAUCCCCCUCCAACAGUAUAAGGAAUCUGGCCUCAGUUCCAGCAGUUAUGAGCUUAGGCACUAUAUGGAAAAUUCCUCCAACCACUAUGAAGCAACUCUGUCCAAGGAUUGGAACCCAAUUCAGUUAGCAGAAGACGUCCAAGCUAUGUCUAACCAUGUGGCCUCCCCAAAAUUUACCCUCCCUCAUGUACCUCUGUGUUUUGGAGCUGGAGGGCAGCUGGUUCGAGGAUGUCCAAAUGAUCCAGCAGAUGGACAACCUGCCCUUGUUGAGAUACAUAGCCUUGAGAUUAUUCUACAUGACACUGCUGAGCAGGAAACAAUGAGAAUCUUUCCAGGACCUCUGAUCAGGGAAGAUCUGCACAAGGUGGAUGUGGUGACAUUCUGUCAGCGCAAAGCAGCCACUGGCUGUGACCUGACCUCUAAGCAGGGCCGAGAUUCGGCCUUGCUUUGGAAACUCCUCCUCCUCCUUUGCCGACAGAAUGGAUCCAUGGUGGGGUCAGAUACAGCUGAGCUGCUGAUGCAAAAUUGUAAAUACCAAGAAAAGUACAAAAGACAAGAGCCACGGGUGAACCUGAUCAACCUGACCGAUGAAGAAUGGCCAGUGCCUGGCUGUGGUACCAUGGACCUUCUCACAGGGGAAAUUGUCCCAAAUGCUGGCACACCAGAGCAAAUAAUAGGGAAGUUCACCAAGCUCCUUUUCUAUGGCAGAAAGAAAGAAGCCCUGGACUGGGCUAUGAGAAACCAGCUGUGGGGCCAUGCACUCUUUCUAUCAAGCAAGAUGAAUCCAAGGACUUACAGCUGGGUCCUGAGUGGGUUCACAAGCACAUUGGCCUCCAACGAUCCUCUGCAGACACUUUUCCAGCUCAUGUCUGGAAGGAUCCCCCAGGCAUCUUUGUGCUGUGGAGAUGACAAGUGGGGUGACUGGAGGCCACACCUGGCUGUCAUGCUGUCUAAUCAAGUAGGAGACCUGGGCCUGAAUUCCAGAGCCAUCAUCACCAUGGGAGACACCUUGGCUGGGAAAGGGUUAAUAGAAGCUGCUCACUUCUGCUACCUGAUGGCAAAUGUGCCUUUUGGCCACUAUCGAGUUCAAACAGAUUACAUGGUGUUGCUGGGAAGUAGUCAGAGCCAGACGUUUUCCCAGUUUGCAAGGACAGAGUGUAUUCACAGAACGGAGAUCCUUGAAUACUGUCGGUUGCUGGGGUGUUCCCAAGCUUUCAUCCCUUCAUUCCAGGUAUAUAAACUGAUUUAUGCAUCUCGCCUGGCGGACUAUGGUCUCACUGCCCAGGCCUUACAUUAUUGUGAAGGGGCUGGAAUGGCACUUCUUGCCCAGAAUCAGAACAUUUAUCCUGUCCUCCUAGAGCAAGUUAUCAAGCUGGCAGAACGAUUGAAGUUCUCUGACCCACGGCUCCUGGAGAAGGCAGAAUAUGAGAUGGAUUUGGAACCAGAUUGGCUCAUUGAACUUAGAGCCCGGUAUCAACAAUGGGAGGAGGAAAGAGAGCUUCCCAACACUCCAUCUACCCAGCCAGAGGCUGUCAGAGGCAAUGGAUCAAUAUCAGGUUUGGCUCCUCAUUUUGAGUUUGCACAAGCUCAAGUGUGCCAGGAGAAUCUAGAGCACCAUCCUUCUGGCCACCUGCCACCUGUUAAUUCAACUCAGCACCAACCAGAUGUGGAUCAGCAGCUGCACAUGUAUCCUGGAGAUGGACAUUCUUCAGACAAGACAGAUGCUACUUUAGAGACUUAUUUAGCAGGAAAUGACCAAGGUUUCAUUUUGUCUUCAGAAAGUCUUUCAAGUAAUCUUUCCUCACAUCUGAAUCAGCCACCAGGGGAGACUGUAGAAUCUUGUGGGCAGGGCCACUUCCCUGGUGAUCCGAAGAAGCACAUUCCAGAACAUCAGACCGCUUUUAAUGUGCGGACCCGGACCAUUUCUGAGAGUUCCACAAUAUCCAUGGCAGAAGAUGCCCCUCCGUCCCCAGAAGGCUCAUGGGAUGAAGCCUCAUCAGAGAAGAAAUUAGUGGAGAAUACAGGGCAAGAGGUAGCAAAGACUUCUGGUUUUGGCUGGCUCCGUUGGUUCCGUUCCAAAGCAAAUAACGAUGGAGCAUCAUCCGAAAAAGUUCCAACUGCUUCUUUGGACUCAACUGCUCCAGUUUCCCAGGAGAAAACUGCCCAGCCUGUUUCAGUUUCACCCAUGAAUGAGGCAAAGCCUGCAUCACUUCAUUGCCCUCCUCCUCUUUCUCACACAGAAGGCAAUCCUUUUUCCAAGAGAUCUCCAGAAGCCCAAAAUCCACAAGGCCAUAGCAGCUUGGAAGCAGCUGUAGUUUCAGAUGCUGGUUAUCAGAUUAAUUCCUUCAGACAUCAGUACAACCCUGAUAGUGUGCCUCUAUUCCCCACAGAAGGGGCAGUUCCAUUGUUCAAUCCUGCUCAGGUCACUACACCAGCAGCCUCUGGCACUGGGCAUCUGCAACGGAGUUUUCAGAAGUACUACCCACAAUACAAAUAAUCCAGGAUACUUCUAUGACUGUCCCUCUGAUCAGAAGCCAUUUCCUUACCCAAAGACGGCAGUUCUGUGAUCUCUUUGCUACCCUUCUUUACUGGAAUUAGAGCUUGUUAUCAAAAGGAUAACAGCACAAAUGUGAGCAGAUGGAUAGGCCUCUUCCACUUCUAUUUGCUUGGUACUUUUUAAAACACAGUUUUACAGCAGAUGGUGUGGAGACGAACAUAAAAUAAAAAGGGAAGACCCUCUUAGUUUCUGUUCUGUUCUGCAAAGAACUUAGCAGGGAACUAGUUAAUACUCUACAUUUGCAUAGGAUCUCUUAUAUAUUUGGUUGAGAACAAAUCUCACUGAGAUCAGUGUAAUUUUUGGGUAAAUUAAAUUAUGCUGCUAUGUAUCAAAGAACAACAUAUACUUAAACAUAGUUACUUGGCAAUAAAUCUCCUUAUUUUAUUUGUACAUUAAAAUUUUAAGAUGUUUUGUAACAUACUCAAGGUUAGGGUUAGGGCCUGUGGAUCUAGCCUGUUAUUGCUAUGAAGACUCUGCUGUCUUCAUUCCUAAAGCAGGGUUCUCAAACUUACCACUGCCCUCCCCCCCAAAAAGUCAUUUUAUGCAGUGCACAAGAUUACUUCCUAGAUGUUGAUCUUGAAAUAAUUUUACAUGCCGUCCCAGUAAUAAAACCAAAUAUUGGUGUUCUGAUUAAUGAAAAAUGCUGCCAGUUCAGUGGCCAAAGUGAAAUGGCCAUAAAUGUUUUCCGAAUAAUUUUAUGUUUAUUGGCAUAUUGUAUUCUUCAUUUCUUCCAUUUUGAUUCACUGGAGACUUUUGUAUCAAUAUAUGAAAACAGUGUUUUUUCAGUGUUGUAGCCCUCAAUUUGUGAACUGGUGAACUAACCCAUAAGUAGCACUUGUGAUGAUUUGAGUUUGAGACCCUUGUCCCGUAGUGUGUCUCUCCCCCGGCCCCCUUUGAGGUUAUCUGGUGGAAAUCACCAUUGCUGGGAAGCAUAGAUAGACUGCAUUGUCCUGAGGAAGCUCUGCGCAUAUCUGGUCACCAGUAAUCCUGCUUGGAAUACUUUUUCUAGUGUCUUUGCUAAGUUCCACAAAAUCAUAAUCACAUUUCUUACUCUCACUUUGACUCGGGGAGUAUACUGCACUUCUGGAUCGUCUUUUAACCCUGUAUAGCAUUGACAUUUGUCUAAUACAAAUCUGUUGGUGGUACAUUAAAUAUUGUAUGAGGUACUGUUUGUAAACUGCCAUUCAAGCACGUGAGGGAAAAAGCAAUGGUCUUGUGAUCUUCAGUUGCCAUUAAAACCGCAAGCUUCCCAGCAAUAACAUUGGAACUGUCGUGUAGAAAACAAUAAAAAAGGUCGCCUCUCCUACCAACUAAUUGACCUCAGUUUCUUAAAUAGGUGUAGAUGAUGCCUUUUUUCAAAUUCCUGUAUACAUUACAGAGUAAAUAGCAAGAAACAGUUUGCAGCUAGAAACUAACACUUACUGCAUAGUCACUUAACAAAGUAUUCUCCGCCCAACUUCCUUAGUUUUCUGAUCACAUACUUAAAAAUUGCCUGGUCAGAUAAGACCAAGGCUCAUUUAACCCUUUCAAAAAUUGGCCUCUAGAGAUUCAUGUGUAGGGUGUAAAAUUGAUGACCUCUUUGUUCACAACAGCUAGUGAUUUGCCAAAGUUAUUAUCCACAGAUCCUUGAUUUCUUGUUCUGCUUGUGGUAUAUGUUGCAACUACUAUUUCAGGGUUAUGGCUGGGAAUCCCUUGACCUUGUCACAUAGAUAUAUUACUUCUGUAUAUGGGGUUUUAUCUGUAUACUAGUUCCAUUAGCUGUUUUUGCUAGACAUGUCCUCCAUACUGGAAGAAUAUGUACAUUUUUAUCUCCUAGGUAAACGCUAUAGAUAAGAGAUUCCCAUGCAUUUAUACUGGAAACUCUCCUUUUCCCUUAUAUCUUGAAUCACAAACUUGAUGGAGUUCUGGUAAUCACUACCCUCAGAAAUAUCCAUUACCCCACUACCCCAGUUAACUCCAAGAUAUUUAUCUACCACCACAUUUCCUCUGUCUAGCUCAGUUCAUAGUCUAGCUCAGUUCACCCAGGAUAACAAUUGCAGCCAAUAGGUCGACUGAAAUUCUUGACAGCAACAGAUUUGGGAAUUAAUUAGUAUGAAGACAGCAUCUUGGCUUUCAUUGAGGAUUCAUGGCAAAGUAGACAUCCAUGAAGGAGCAGUGACAGCAUUGCAGCAGAUAUCAAUGGCCAGAUGGUGAAUUCUGCCUGGUGAAAUCUCUCCAGAAAAGAGAUUGGGAAAUCGCCCACAUGUACUCCGGACAGCUGCUUCUUGUGAAUAGACUGCAGGAACUGAGGUUUUUGUGGUCAACUUGUGAGUUGAGCAGCUGGAAGUCGAAGGAUUUCAACCAAGCACACAGCUAUAAUGUAGCCUAUACGGACAGAAAGUUCACCAAGCCUCAUUUCUUAAUCAUUUUGGGAAAUUGCUUCCUAACUGUCUUUUAGAUAUUAGGAACCUUCACAACAGCAAGUUUUCGAGCACCAGGUGAGUCUUCUUCAAUCCUUAGCAAAAGGAGUUUUAAGUGCAGGUUUAAGGAUUUAAAAGAAUUCUUGUCAGACCCAGCCCAAGAACAACAACGAGGCAGUCCAGUCCAGUAUAGUUCCUUGAUUAGCUUGCACCUAAUAGAA